AUGUUUCUGCAAGUCGAGUACCUGUUUGUAGUCGUCUUGUUCUCGGCGGCAAAGACAACUGAAGGAGCCGAAAAUGGCGUUUUCUUUCAAAUCAAAGAAAACAAUUUUUUCAGCUACAGAGACAAAAGCCUCUUUUGGUCUGGAGAAACUGAUUCUUUGCUUUCCUGUUCGGUUUUGUGUGCGAGACAAACUUCGUGCAGAAGUGCAAACUUUCUGGAAAACCCAGGACUUUGUUACCUUCUUCGCGGCGAAAUGGAAACAAGUUCAUUAACUGAGCGACUUUUACAGCGAGAUGGCUCUUUCUAUCUAACAAAGGUCCACCAUCCAGAAAGAGCUGAAUCACCCCCAGAGCAAAACACUUCUCUACCCGCUGGUUCUAACCAGCACUCAGCAGUAACCUCAUGCCAGACUCUCCUCAAACAGUCUCCUGCAACGUCCACUGGUGUUUAUUGGAUCGAUCCUGAUGGUGGAUCCAAGGCCAACGCUUUCAAGGCUUACUGUGACAUGGAUACGAAUGGAGGGGGCUGGACAUUAGUAUGGAGCUAUUCCUUUACUAACUACACUCAUUUUAACGAUGAUUCAAAUGCGAUCACUCCUAGGCCAAAUUGGCCGGUCAAAAAUGAAGGGAAUGUUCCAAUCUCCACAAUUUCUCCAUUAAAUGACACAGACUACAAUGCCAUGAACUUCUCACUCUGGAAAACACUCGGUAGACAGAUCCUCAUCAAAAGCGACAUAAACAACUGGCUGUUGUGUCAUCCGGCAGAUGGCAGCCUGGUUGAUUGGCAGAAAGGUGACGUCAACUGUACAAUCACCAAAUACGUGGCUGACCCAAGAGCAUCAGCUUCGGCGCCUUCCAAGUUUUCACCAUAUAUCAACUAUGGACCAAUGUUCCAUUCGAGUGGGCGCUGGAACAGCUCCUUUUAUUAUUUCAAUAGUUACACGUGCAAAUAUUGGCCUACCCAUGAUCCUUGUGGAAAAAAUAGGCCAAACCAAAAGAAAAAUGUUCUUGAUCCACACGGUAACAUUUAUAUUCGAGCUGAGUAGCAAAGACAGACAAUGAGAAAUCUUUACGCACGUAUCAUCUAGAGGACCUUGAGGGUAUUAAACUGAUAGAACUCUAAAUUCUUCUGUCGUAAUUACUGAGAAUACCCCAUCAGAAGAGAGAAUUUUGAAUCAGAUCUUGGAGGCUGAAGGUUCAAGCUUGGUUCACUCUCGUAAGUUGACAGAAAGCAAGACACCAGUUACGCUCAUCAUGUGAGGUCGGGGGAUUAUCUUUCAGAAUUUUACUUUCCCAUGGAACUUUCGAUAAUUCAAAUCACUUCGCGAAACUUUGACUUGAUUAGGUUCCAAUUUCUUCUUUGUUGUUGUACAACAAAAUUUAAGCUCUCAAUGUUUUUAAUAAUGACUACUUUUACCGCUGAUGUUUACAAAACUCGUACCAACCACUAAACCAGAUGGUGCAAUC